AUGAGUAGCUUUGUUCGCCCCAGGGUAACCCUCCGAGUGGAGGGGAACCCCAUACAGUUCUUGGUUGACACGGGAGCUCAACACUCAGUGUUAACCAAAGCGUAUGGAAAGAUUUCGGAGAGAUCCUCCCGGGUCCAGGGAGCCACUGGCACUAGAAGAUACCCCUGGACCACCCAAGGGACAGUUAACUUGGGUACAGGGGAGGUAACCCAUUCCUUCUUGGUCAUUCCUGCCAACCCCUGCCCCUUACUAGGAAGAGACUUACUCACUAAAAUGGGAGCACACAUUUACUUCCAACCCGAGUCGCCCAGUGGUCCCACAGUGACUGACUCAUGGAACCUGCCAUUAACAAUACUCACAGUGCGUUUGGAAGAUGAGCAUCUGCUCCACCAAACUGCACUCCCUCGAGAGCAGGAUAUCGAGUACUGGCUACGCCGGUUCCCGGAAGCCUGGGCCGAAACAGGGGGCAUAGGGCUGGCAAAACACCGACUGGCCCUCUUUAUAGAGCUCAAACCUGAGGCCGACCCCGUCCGGGUCAAACAAUACCCCCUAUAUGCGGAGGCUAAGUUGGGUAUCACCCCCCCCAUCCAUCGCCUCCUGGACUCUGGGGUAUUACUCCCCUGUCACUCUGCUUGGAACACUCCCCUGCUGCCAGUAUGUAAGCCCAACAGCAGGGAUUACCGGCCAGUGCAAGACUUGAGGGAAGUUAACAAAUGGGUUAAGGACAUACAUCCCACUGUCCCCAACCCUUACACGCUCCUCAGUGCCCUGAGGCCAAACAAGAAGUGGUAUACCGUUCUCGACCUGAAGGAUGCUUUUUUCAGUAUACCCUUAGCACCCACAAGCCAGGAACUCUUCUCAUUCGAAUGGACAGACCCUGAGAGAGGCAUAAAUGGGCAGUUGACAUGGACGUGUCUCCCGCAGGGAUUCAAGAACUCGCCCACCCUGUUUGAUGAGGCCCUCCACGAGGAUCUAAGUGAGUACAGAAAUCAGAAUCCCGAUAUAACGCUCUUGCAAUAUGUAGAUGAUCUUUUAAUAGCUGCAGAGACUCAACAAGCCUGCCUCCGAGGAACCGAAAACCUCCUUCGAACCCUUGGUGACUUAGGAUACCGAGCCUCAGCAAAGAAGGCCCAGAUUUGUAAGCCUGAAGUAGUGUACCUAGGGUACUUGCUCAAAGGAGCAAGAUGGCUCACUGAUGCCUGCAAGGACACUGUGCUCUGCAUCCCCCGACCUACCUCACCAUGCCAGGUAAGAGAGUUCCUGGGGACAGCAGGAUACUGCCCACUAUGGAUACCGGGCUUCGCCGAGAUGGCCAAGCCUCUGUACGCAGCUUCCAGAAACCAGCAGGAUUUUGAAUGGAUGGAGGAGGCACAAUGAGCCUUCCAGCAGAUAAAAAAGGCCCUCCUCUCUGCCCCAGCUCUGGGUAUACCAGACAUUUCUAAACCGUUCCACCUGUUUGUGGAUGAGCAUAAUGGGGUGGCUAAGGCAGUACUGACUCAAAGUCUAGGCCCCUGGCCUAGGCCCAUAGCAUACCUUUCAAAGAAAUUAGACCCCGUGGCAGCCGGGUGGCCCCCUUGCCUGCAGAUGAUAGCAGCCACUGCCCUAAUGGUAAAGGACACCGAUAAGCUGUCCAUGGGUCAAGAAUUACAUGUGACCAUCCCAGUUGUUGAAGGCGUCCUUAAACAACCUCCAGACCGAUGGAUGAGUAAUGCUCGCUUGGUCCAUUACCAAGGACUGCUACUGAACCCCUUAAGAAUAACCUACACUUCCCCUCGGGCCCUAAACCCUGCAUCCCUGUUACCUGACCUGGACUUGGAUGCACCCCUCCAUGACUGCGCCAACAUAUUGGCCCAGACUUUUGGGCUACGAGAAGACCUGCAGGACUACCCCCUGAUGGAUGCCGAAGUUGUCUGGUUCACUGAUGGCAGCAGCUUCGUUCACCAAGGACAAAGGUAUGCAGGGGCCGCGGUGACAUCUGAAACAGAGGUUAUUUGGGCAGAGGCAUUGCCUCCGGGCACCUCAGCACAAAGAGUUGGGUUAAUCACCCUGACUCAGGCCCUAAAGUUGGGGCAGGGCCUCCGGAUGACUGUGUACAUGGACAGUCGAUAUGCCUUUGCCACAGCCCACAUCCAUGGAGCAAUUUACAGAGAAAGGGGGUUACUCACCGCCGAGGGGAAACACAUUAAAAACAGGGACGAAAUUUUGGCCCGACUAACGGCCAUCUGAGCCCCCAAAAAACUGGCCAUAGUACACUGCCCCGGCCACCAGAAACCAAACGAUCUGGUUUCCUGGGGAAACAACUUUGCUGACCAGACUGCUCGCCAGAUAGCCCACAGGACCAUUCCAGUGUUGCCUAUACAGCUGCCUGACCCAGGGCCCCGAGAACUGCCACCUCACCCGGGGCAGACAGUCUUGGAGCGAAUUCAUCGCAUGACCCACUUGGGUUCUAAAAGACUUCAGGAUCUUAUAAGGCAAUCCAAACUACUCAUCAAAGAUAUCACCAGGAAGACAGAGAAGAUUACCUCAAGCUGUGCAGCCUGCCGUUUCCAGAAUGCUCACCCACAUCCUGCUGCAGCCGGAUCCCGAGAAAGGGGGACCCUGCCGGGAGCCUACUGGGAAAUAGACUUUACAGAGGUAAAGCCUGGAAAAUAUGGCUAUAAGUAUUUACUGGUGUUCAUAGAUACCUUUUCAAGUUGGACUGAGGCUUUCCCAACCAAGCACGAAACAGCACAGGUUGUAACAAAGAAACUACUUGAGGACAUCCUGUCCAGGUAUGGCUUUCCUGUUGUAAUAGGAUCAGAUAAUGGGCCAGCCUUCCUUUCUAAGGUAAGUCAGGGACUGGCUUCCAUACUUGGGGUUAAUUGGAAAUUGCAUUGUGCAUAUAGACCCCAGAGCUCAGGACAGGUAGAGAGAAUGAAUAGAACCUUAAAAGGGACCCUUGCUAAAUUGACCAUGGAGACUGGCGCUAACUGGGUGGCUCUACUCCCCUACGCUCUGUAUCAGGUAUGCAACACCCCAUACAAGCUGGGGCUCACGCCCUAUGAGAUCAUGUAUGGCAGGCCUCCUCCUGUCAUUCCCAAACUCAAAACCGAUCUCAUAGAGUCGGACCGGGAUAAUUCCCUCUUGUUUUCCCUCUAAGCCCUGCAGCAGGUCCACAAAAGGAUUUGGCCUAAACUGAAGGACUUGUAUAAAACAGAGCCACUGCCUGCACCCCACCAACUUCGUCUGGGGGACUGGGUCCUUGUCAAGCGACAUUGGCCUGAGACCCUCCAGCCCAGGUGGAAAGGACCUUACCAGAUCAUCCUGGCCACCCCCACAGCCAUCAAAGUAGACAACAUAGCCGCCUGGGUCCACCACGCUCACGUCAAACCAGUCGACCCCCUGUCGGAUCUCAUUGGGGAGCCUGACCAGGACGUCAGUUGGACAGUGGACCGCAGUAAGGACAAUCCUCUAAAACUAACCCUGCGCAGAAAACCUGACCCCCUGCUUCCUCAAUAAUUAAUAUGAAACUCUCUCUCUCUGUCCUGCUGCUUACAUUCCUGCCAUGGUGCGGGACCUCCAGUGCUCACAUGCCACUUAACCUAAUGGAUAGUGUACAAUG